AUGCCGCCCCUGCUCUCACCCGAGCUCGCGCCCGCACCCCAUGCGUCAUCACGCCCAACCCCUCCAGUCGUCGGCACCAAGCGCAAGCAAAGCCCGCGAGCACCGUCUCAGGAUGCAGUCAAGCGCGCGCGCACGGGUCCCGCACUAGACGAGGCGCCAGCCUCUAGCUCCGCACCAUCGACUUCUCAGCCGACCUCAUCGCACCAUCGGCCUUCCCGCGCCCCGCAACCAUCUCACCUCUCCGUCAGCACCCUCCCAGGGCAGCUCGAGGAUUCGGAUACGACGCGAGACCAGGGCGCCGCCAAUUCCGCGGCGGCGAUCGCGCCCGUUCUCGCCGGGACGAUUCCGCUCCGCCGCCCGAAGCGGCCCAAGCCCACGGACCACAAAGCCUGCGAGAGCGUCCACAAGCACUACUUCGAAAUCGCCCGCUUGCUCAAGUGGUCCGCUGAAAAGCGUUACAAUUCUACCUUUCCCGUCAAAAACACUCGAUUUGCAGCACUCCCAGAUCCGCCCCCAACGGACCACCCGUACCACAUCCACAGCAGCACCAUCGCGCGGCUCGAGCUGCUGGAUGCCGUCCUGCACUUUGUCUACGCCUUUUGGUGUCGCGACAACUUCUCUCAUGUGUUUGAUGAGCGCUCGUGGGAUACCCUAUACCCGUUGUUGACCCUGUGUCAAACCCGAUGGGCAGAGGCUAUGACGGAGUCGGCGAUGGACAAGGCGUUCCUUGGUCUUCUAAACAUGCUACGAGCAUACAUUAAAUCUCGCGGUAUCGUUUACCGCAACAAGAAGUCCGCCAACAAGAAGCCUCCCCUCAAGGCCCGCGUCGACUCGUUGUUCUCCCACAUGCAAGGGGUCAUGAUGGAGAAAGCAAAGGUCGCUUCCGAGCAGGCGCACCAGGCUGCGAAGGGGACUGCGGCGACGAAGCCAGGGACCCCUCAGAUGCUUCCUUCGCCCGCCAGCAUCGCAGAGUCGAAGAGUGCGAACUCGACACCAACAGGGCACGAUACGGCGACACCGAACCCUGCUGCACCUGUAUCUGCACCUGAACCGGCUUCGACUGUCCCAACAGUGCCAACGUUGGAGUCUGGUGUUCCUCCGUCACUGCUACCCGAUCCGUCUGUCCCAUUCUUGGAGGUACCCGCAGCACGCGCGAUGUUGGAAGCGCGGAUACGCGUUGCCCCAAGUGAGAUGGCGGACUGGAAAGCACAGACUGACGACAUCAUGGACAUCGCCCACUCCAUGCAGAAGGCCGAGUCGCUUCUGAACCUCCCGAUCCUCAUGCGCAACUUCCCCCGCACGUUCACGCGCGCCAUGCAGACGUGCUUGCUGCCUACAGACGAGUGGGAGGUCGACUUUGACGACAACGAUGGCGAGCUGUUCUGGCCAACAUCGUGCGCCACCGGCGAAGGCCUCGCCUGGGUCGUCCUCAUCGGCAGAGGGAUGAUGAGCGAGUUCGCCCCGAAGUACGGAUACAUGGGCCUCGAGGGCUGCGUGCCAAAGCCCACGACGGCUAACGGAGGUGGCACUCCCUCCGCCGCGCGGUGA